AUGGUGCUAUCAAUAUGGUGUUUUCAAGAAAAAUUUGUAACCGUGGAGGACUUAGGAAAAAGAUACGAAGGUUAUGACAACUAUUUCACGUUGAAGAUACACUACAGUGGUGUCUUCACCAAAGCACCUGGAAGGAAAUACGUUGAUGGUGUUGUAGCAUAUGUAGAUGAUGUUGACACUGAUUUAUUUUCAGUUCAUGAGCUUGACGACAUGGAACCAAGCUGCCAAGCUGAUGAUGGAGCUAAUACUACAACCGUUGAUGAUUAUGAACCAUUUAUAGAGGAUUACUCACUUUAUGCUGAUUAUGAUACUGAGUUUAAUGUUGAAACUUCAUUUGAAAAACAACCAGAAGUGGAUUAUCUAGAGGGUAUGAGUGAUGAUAGUGGAGAAGCUUUCUACUCUGAGAGUGGCCAUGCUUCUAAGGAUAGUGGAGAUGAUUCUGAUGACAAUGAAUGCAAUGUGGAUGAGUCUAACAUACAAUUUGAUGUAGAUGUAGACAUGAGUGAAUUCCAUAAUGUUGUUAAUGUAGAUGAACAUGGAAUCUUGAACAAUCAUUCAAAAGAUGAAGGGAUUGACAUGGUUGAUGUGGAAGUUAUUGUCGCUGAUGAUUAUCAAUUUGCAAGAUUUCAUGAAGAUGAUAGGAAGAGACUGCUAAAAGAGUUGAGUAAGUUAAGUACAUGCUCACAUGGAGAGGUUCAUGUUAAACCAUUUCAGAUUGGCCAUGUCUUCAAAACCAAGCUUGAUGUUAAAAACUACAUGAACUCACAUGCUGUAGCAACAAGGAGGUCUUUAUACCUAGCCAAAAAUGACAAAAUCCAGAUUAGGGUGAAAUGUAAAGGUGUUGUAAUGACUGCCCAUUCACUUUACUUCCACCAAAACAUAAGACACAGGUUGGGAGGCCUAAGAAGAAGAGAAGGAGGGGUGUUGAUGAGCCAAACAGCCAAGCUGGAAGAUUGA